AGUGCAAGUGUAAACCCCGCAGAAACCCUCGCAAACCCCAGACGGCGGCCGUGGUCGUCUCCGGCCGCCUCACCCUCCCCCAUCCGCGCGAUCAGCUCGAGCCCCCGCCACCGCCACGGAUGGAUCCCUCCGCCUCCUCCUCUCCCGCGGCAGCGGCCGCGGCGGCUGAGGACCGGUACACGUACAGCCCGAGGCUGCGGUGGCACCCGGAGGUGGAGGAGUACUUCGCCGCCGCCUACGGCCGCGACCGCUUUGCCCGGAUCUCCGAAGCCCUCGCGCAUCCUUCUCGUUAUUCUUGUAUCCGUGUCAAUACCCUGAAGUCUUCCACUGAUGCUGUCAUGCAUAAACUGGUGAAUUUGGUAGAUCAAAAUGGACUCUGUGGUGGAAUUAAUGGUUUGGAGAUAGCUCAGAAGAAUGGUGGAGAGCAAGCACCUGAAGGGAGCUCUCUUGUGCAUAAGUGCCCAUAUUCUGGCCUUGAAAACGUUUUGUUUGUACAAGGCUCAGGACCCCAUGCACUGCGUUAUGAUAGCCAACCUAACCAAUCUAUCAAGGAAGUGAUUGUAAGUCGAAAAUGUGCAGAGUCGGUUCUUAGAGGAGCUCAGGUCUAUAUCCCAGGAGUUUUAGCUUGCAGCUCACAUGUUGAAAAGGGUGACAAGGUUGCAGUGUCAGUCGCUAUUGAACAGCCUGCUGAGGAUGGUGGUUGGACUGUUGGUAUAACUCGAGGAACUGUUUUACAGGGAUUGCAGUCAGAUGCACAUUAUGAAGAAAGGAAGGGUUUGUAUAUUGGUCAAGGGAUAACGGCAAUGUCAAGGUCCGGAAUAUUUCGUGUUCCUCAUGGAGUUGCAGUUGAGAUGACUGAGAGGGUAUACAAGCUUCCAUCUUUCAAUGAUGUGCUUGAAGGGGAGAUAUUUCUUCAAAAUUUGCCAAGUGUUGUGGCUGCUCGCGUCCUUGAUCCCCAGCCUGGAGAGCGGAUUCUGGACAUGUGUGCUGCCCCAGGUGGGAAAACAACAGCAAUUGCUAUCCUUAUGAAAGACCAAGGAGAAAUUGUGGCCCUAGAUAGAUCUCACAACAAGGUGAUGGACAUUUUGAAGUUGGCUGCUGAGAUGGACCUAAACUGUAUAAAAGCUUAUAAGCUUGAUGCUCUCAAAUCUGUACGGAAGACCAAUGAGGCAAAUAAUACUGGCAUGGCAAGUAACUGCACUGACACAAUUGUGACACUGGUGGACUCUGAGCCUUGUCAUACUAAAGUUGAUGCCGGGAUUACUAAUGCCAGUGAAGACAGCUCCAUUAUAUCAGUCACGCAGAUCGAUAACAAAAGACCAGAUGAUAAAAGAUAUGUUAGCAAGGUGGACCUCAGGAAGAACUUAAGGCGAAUAAGGAACGGACCAGGAAGAAAUAACUGCUCAGGUGGUAGAGUUCAAAAUUCAAAAGGAUUUUUGCCCAAUAGCUUUGACCGUGUCCUCCUUGAUGCUCCAUGUUCUGCCCUUGGCUUAAGGCCUCGCCUCUUUGCUGGUGAGGACACACUGGAAUCAUUGAGAAAUCAUGCGAGGUACCAGAGAAGAAUGUUUGAUCAAGCUGUCAAGCUAGUACGCUCUGGUGGGGUGAUUGUUUAUUCCACGUGUACUAUAAAUCCAGGAGAGAAUGAAGCUUUGGUCAGAUAUGCGUUGGAAACGUACAAGUUUUUGUCACUUGGAUCACAGCACCCCAAAGUUGGAGGACGUGGUAUUGUUGGUUCGUGUGAGCUAUUGAACAAGACAUAUACCGAGGAAUGGUUAACGGAGCAUGAAUCAGAACUUGUCCAGAGAUUUGACCCAUCAUCAUCCUUGGAUACAAUUGGUUUCUUCAUUGCAAAGUUUGAUGUUGGGCAGAAAGAGUCUUGACUGAUGAAAAGGUUCAUUUCUGAUUCUGCACUAUGGAACUAAUGUUCCUGACUAUAGUAUCAUUAACAAUUUCUCGCAGUUAGAUCGUUUCAUCUCCCCAAGGGUUUUCAGGAUGAAUGGGAACCAAUAUCCAUCAUCUCUGGUUUCCCACAAAUUUGUGCUCGACUGCUAAAAAUUAAAUUAUUCAUUGUCCAAUGGAUUAUUGUUCGUUGUAAUGAAAUACCAAGGGUGACUGGUUGAAACAUUUGUAAACCCACAAUGAUACAAUGAUACAACGGCUCGGCAUUUCUUAAUAAUGUUCUUCAU